AUGUCACGGAAGUUUUGUGACAAGAGGUGUGCCGCUCCCCCUGUGUUAGUGCCGCCCCUCAUCCCUGUGUUAGUGCCGCCCUCAUCCCCUGUGUUAGUGCCGCCCCUCGCCCCUGUGUUAGUGCCCCUCGAUCCCUGUGUUAGUGCCGCCCUCGAUUCCUGUGUUAGUGCCGCCCCUCAUCCCCUGUUGCCGCCCCUCGCCCCUGUGUUAGUGCUGCCCUCAUCCCCUGUGUUAGUGUGCCCUGCCCUCAUCCCUGUGUUGGUGCGCCCUCAUCCCUGUGUUAGUGCCGCCUCCCCCUGUGUUAGUGCUGCCUCGCCCUGUGUUAGUGACGCCCCUCAUCCCUGUGUUAGUGCUGCCCUCCCUGUGUUAGUGCCGCCCCUCGAUCCCCUGUUGCCGUCCUCGCCCCCUGUGUCCACCUUCUACUCCGCUGCUCUUGCUGACUUACGACAGGGGUUUAUGUGA